UCCACGGUAGCAAUCGUAACGAUACGAUGAACCAGAUCCUGAAAACCAAACUUGGGAUACCAGAAAAUCUGAGCCCGGAGGCUCAGAGUUUGUUGCGGGCCCUGUUCAAACGCAAUCCCCAGAAACGGUUGGGAGUUGGCCCAAACGGUAUCGACGACAUCAAGCGGCACGAGUUCUUCUCCAACGUCGAUUGGGACGCGUUCGAGCGGAAGGAGGUGCGACCCCCUUUUAUUCCGGCCGUUUCCCGCGACGAUGCGUUUUACUUUGACACGGAAGAUUCCCCCGGUGGUCCGGUUAGUGCGAGUGCCCAUGAGAUCUUCCGUGGAUUCAGUUUUAUAGCGCCCUGUUUGCUGGACGACAUUCAGAAUCAGAUGGGUCCCAGGGCACCGUUUACGAACGAAAUUCCUGGCGUCAAACCGGUCGCCUUUGCCGAUGAGCACGCAAUGAUGCAGGAGCUGGGGCGGGGAACGUUCUCCGUUUGUCAGUUGUGUGAGAAUCGUACCACCAAGAAAUUAUAUUAAAAUUCAAUAAAAUGAUAAAAU